AUGAAUAAUUCAGUACGACAUCAAUUUUAGUCGGGUUUGAAAUCCAAGAUAUUGUAAGGAAAAGAUGUCUGCGCCCAUAAACAACAUUGUAAAUAAACAUUCAAGAACUUUCAUUUUUAAACGGCUGCCGAGAAAUUACAGACAAUUUACAAGUUCCUCUACAGAGGACUAUGACCUUGUGGUGAUCGGAGGAGGAUCUGGGGGCUUGGCAUGUGCAAAGGCUGCCUCCCAACUUCAGAAAAAAGUAGCUGUCUUAGAUUUUGUUACUCCAUCCACCCAAGGAACCACAUGGGGUUUGGGAGGGACAUGUGUCAAUGUGGGGUGCAUCCCAAAGAAACUGAUGCAUCAUGCCUCCCUUCUUGGUGAUGCCAUCAGAGAUUCCAAAGCCUAUGGCUGGAAUGUUCCCGAUCAAGUCCAGAGUGACUGGACGACUUUAUCAACAGCUGUACAGAAUCACGUGAAAUCCUUGAACUGGGGUCACAGGGUGCAACUCCGAGACAAAAAUGUUGAGUACAUCAACGGGUUAGGGAGUUUUAAGGACCCCCACACUGUGAGGGUUAAAGAGAGUAAUGGGACAGAGAGACUGCUGAAGACAAGGAAUGCUGUGAUAGCUGUAGGAGUUAGACCUUAUGUUCCUUCUCAGAUACCUGGUGCUGUUGAGUAUGGUGUGACAAGUGAUGAUUUAUUCUGGAUGAAGAAAUCACCUGGAAAAACAUUGUUGAUUGGUGCUAGUUAUAUUGCUUUAGAAUGUGGUGGCUUUUUGAAUGGAUUAGGAUUUGAUACUAGCAUAAUGGUUCGAUCCAGACCUCUCAAGCAGUUUGAUCAGCAAAUGGCAGAACUUGUUGCAGAGUCUAUGGAAUCUAAAGGAACAAGGUUCCUGAGGAAGUGUGUGCCAGUCAGCAUAGAGAAAGACAACAGACGGCGGCUAGUCGUCAAGUAUGAAGACUUGACAAACAGACAGACAAAGGAAGAAGUCUUUGAUACUGUCAUGUUUGCAACAGGUAGGCACGCUGUCGCAAAUAAUCUAAACUUGGAGGCUCUAGGAGUUGAAGUUGACCAAACGACCCAGAAGGUUUUUGGGGGUCACAGUGACGACCAUGAGAGAACUAGUGUAGCAAACAUUUAUGCUAUUGGUGAUAUUUUACAUAAUCGUCCAGAACUCACCCCUGUGGCCAUUCAGGCUGGACAGUUAUUGGCGGACCGCUUGUUUGGGGGCAGUCAGGUCCAGAUGGACUACGAUAUGAUUCCAACCACAGUAUUCACACCCCUGGAGUAUGGAGUAGUGGGGAUUUCUGAAGAAAAGGCUGUCUCUCGACACGGAGAAGAAAACAUCGAGGUAUAUCACGCCUUUUAUACACCGCUGGAAUUUGCAGUUCCACGGAGGGACGCCUCCCAUUGCUACAUCAAGGCCAUUUGUUUUGGUGACAGAAUAUUAGGUCUGCAUCUGAUUGGCCCAAAUGCCGGUGAAGUUAUUCAGGGAUUCGCAGUCGCUUUAAGAUGUGGCGCCACAUGGAGUGGUUUAUCUGGGUCUGUAGGAAUCCACCCUACCACCGCGGAGGAAGUGGUCAAGCUCCACAUCACAAAGAGGUCAGGAGCUGACCCAACGGUCACGGGCUGCUGAGGUUAGCCGCCCUCGCUCGCGUUCGGCUAGACAUGGGUUGUGAUAUAUUGUUGUUUGUAUAGUUUAUUGCUAUUGCGGUGGGCUGUUUAGUUAUGUACUCGUGAAUUAGAUUUAAUUUAACGAAACUAAGAUGCGGAGUUUUUCCUUGCAUAAAGACGAGGAUAAAAUAAGUCGUGCGUGUGGAAUUUAUUUGUGUAACCAUUGUGAUUAAUUAACUGUGAUUUGUAUUAUGCAUAUUUAACAUUGCUGCCAAAAUGAUAACGAAGCUAGCCGAAAGUUGAGCGAGGUUGUGAUGUCAUGGGCUUCUUUGACACCUAGUAUGGCGGUCUGGAUUCAACCUCGACACCGAGAGAUUCGGAUCUGAUGAAACAGGUGCCACGUGCUUCCGCCUUGACCCAGAUUGUGACAUAAUUUAUAUAUCAAUAUGUCGAUUUCAAAUUCCAUUGUCAUAUUACAUUUCUGCAGUGUCAUUAAAGCAUUCUGCUGAUUGUAAA